AUGCGCGUUAUCACUCCGCUUGUAGAGGGAGACAUCAUGGCGACGUCCCUGAUUUGCGGCCGUUUGUCGGCUAGUCUGAGAAAUUCAGGGGCCAGAAACACCCUCAGCUCCGCUUCCAAGGUGAGUGUUGGUCCACUUUAAAGUCAAGGUUCUCAGCUUUUAGAGAAAGUGUUUAUUUUAGCGCUACGCCCUCCUUUAAUGCUGCAUUUCAUCCCAAACGGACAGGGUCAAAUUUGACAUUAGCUCCUCUCCAUUGAGUUCCCGUUGUUUUUGCUAGCGUGCUAACUAGCAGGGAGCUGGCGGUGUUAGCGUGUUUGUUGGUGUAUCUGAGGUGACCCAGCAGAAAAACAUCAGCUAGAUCACACACAUUACAGAUCUACUAGGCCUAGAUUCACCGUGGCUCGUCAGUGUUCUGUUUCAUUUAGUUUUUCUGGAGGUGACAGCUCUGUGAGAGCUCAGCUAACUGCAGCUCAGUGACCUCCACACCGCAGAGCAGCUGUUAGCCUCCGCGGGGCAGAGCCGAUGACCGCAUCUGUCCCGCUAUGUCAACGCAUCUGUCCCGCUUUAUCAACGCAUCAGUCCGUUUCUAUUACCGCAUCUGUCCCGCUGUAGUAACGCAUGUGUCCCGCUGUGCUACCGCAUAUAUCCCGCUUAAUUAGCGCAACUGACCCUCUGUGUUAACGCAUCUGUCCCGCUUUAUUAACGCAUCUGUCCCGCUGGGAGUUAUCAGGAUAAACCCGCUCAGCCUCAGAGAACACAGACUACAGAGACAGAGUACAGGGUGGAGAGGUGCUGACAUAUUUCACUGCAGGCUGUCUGAGGUAUUCAGCAAGUUAAAGCCUGUUAAAGUGAGUGGAAGGAAAAUCAUAAACCUGCUGCUGCUGAUAUGUCAGAUAAAUAUACUUCAUGAUUAGUCUGUAGUUACUGAAUUAAAGCUCUGAGUGGUAAUUUGUAUAUUUCCUCUGUUUAGAUAUAGGGCUUAAUGUUGUUUUGAUCUGUUUUAUGUCUUAAAUGAGUGUUUUUCACUCGUUGAAGCUGAUUUUCAGUGUCAGUCCCAGUGUCAUUUUCAGUGAAGUUAUCUCACAUAGUUCUACCUCAGACUCAUAUGUAUCAGCCGUGUUUCCCCGACAUCCAUUCAGCAGCAGCGCUGCUUAAAGCUCCUUUCACACCGGGAGCGUUUUUUUUUGUGCGAUUAUUUUGGACGUCAAUAUUUUUUUCGAACCUGUAUCCUGUCAAUACAAGCGUUCACAUCAGUGGCGUUUUCCUGUCCUGCGAUAUUGCGGCAUUUAUUUUUUUAGGAUCACGGUCGAUUUUUCUAAAGUUUCACAUACUGUGUGUCCACUUCUGACCAAUCAGAUUUCAUGUUGUUUGCAAUAUCAGAUUCACCGGUAUAUCCAACAUGGCCGACCGGCUGAUUGUUUACGUGUCAGAGAACAGAGUGAUUUUUGAUAAAAGACACAAACAUUACAAAGAUAACGACCUGAAGGACGACUUGUGGAGAGUCAUAGCGUCAGAUGCUGCUGCAGAGGAGCCUGCAGCAGCACAGAGUCCUCUUCUAUCAGAACAGAUCUGGGAUUGUUAGAUAAACUUCAUAUUUUUUAUUUAAUCAUCUGAUUUGAUUCAUGGUUCAGUCCUUGAACAGACAUGAUCUCUGUGUGUGUCAGUGUCUUUACUAUCAUCUAUCCUCCUCCUUGUCUGCAGUCAUCCUGACUUGACUGAUAUUCUGACCUUCGUAGGUCGUGUUUGCUUCAUGAGUGCAAGAUAAUUCCCACAGGAUGAACCCUUAUAUAAUUUAAUUUACAGGUUUAGUCGUAUAAUGAAAAAAUAUACAAUUUUUCUAAUUCUAAAAAGUAUUUCACAUCACAGCAUGACCUGCUGCAGAUUCAUAAAAGAGAAAACAUAAUGUAACAGAAGCCUUUAUCAGGGGUGUGCUGGUAUCAGAGGUGAGCAUUAUAAAAGCAUUAGUUAAUAUCUGCCACGUUAACAGAUCAUUAAUAUGAUAACUAAUUGUUAUGCAACUAAAAUGUAAUGAUGAAGUUCAAAGUUUGUGUGUUUGAAUUUGGGAAAAAUCAAAACUAUUUAACAUGAAGAAAGAAAACAGCAGGAAAAAUGUCUGAUUUAUGUUUGUAUUUAUGAUUCACAUUAGAGAGUUUGAGUUUCCUGCUUUUCUAAUGAUAGUUAAUUAAGUUUUAUUUUUACGUAAAAAAGCAGGUUUUUGUCAGGCUGAAUUCAGUCCUCAGAGUUUGGAUCAUAAAGCAGAUAAAGAGGCUUUUAAAGCAGUUAUUUCCUCAUAAAGGAGAUUUCUAUGUAUAUUAGGAUUAAAGUUAAAACUGUGAAUCUCUAUUAAUGAGUUUGUGCUCAUUUAAAGAGAGUGUGGGUCCAGAUCAGUCUGAGACAAACGUCUGCUGACAGCUGAGAGUCGGAGCUGAACUCAGAGGAAAAGUCUAUUUUUACUCUCCAGAUGUCUUCUCUAGUGUUUGUUACAGACGGAGAACUUUAUAUAUGUGUUUCUUUGUUUUAUUACAGCUAUGUUAAAAACUAUAAUAUGUGUUAGUCUACAACAAGUAUUCAAGUGUUUUGUAUACACCAUAGGAUAGACGUUUUCCUUUUUAUAAACACCAUCACGACUCAGAAAGGUUUAUCCUCAACGCAGAACAUCUGAGUUCAUGAGAGGGAAGAAAACUCAGCCUCAGAUCCUGGUUCAGGAUAAAAAAGUAGAUUUGGAGUAAAGAAUCCAUGAAGUUUGCUGAAAGUAGAAAUAAAAACAUACUUUUGAUGAAGUCCUGGUUUUUAAAGUGGACUCCAGUGUCUGUUCCUGUCUUUGUGACCCUGAUAAACUGUCCUCUGUCAGAAAGUUUUUUAAAUCAUUCUUAACUUUUCUUCUUCUAUCGUUGGAGUCAGAUCAGAGUCAGAUCAGAUAGUUUAGUGAAUGUGAAGCUGAUGAGUUCAAAAGAGCCUCAGCUGACCUGAUACUGAGCAGAUAAAAACACCUCCGUCAGGUAAACAGACUGUAGAAAGAUUUGGUUUUUUUGUCAGCAGUCAAAGAUAUAUUUAUAUAUUUAUUUAUCAUCCCUCUUAAUCUUUAAUAAUAGGACCUAUGGUCUGUACUCCCAGGACUUUUAUCCUUUUUUCUGUUCCUAAAGUCAGAACAGAAAUAAGAGAAGAAAACUUAGAUUUUCUGCUCCGAGUGAAAUCAGACCUGAAACUCCAAACUCUGGUAUCUCUGAGUGUUUUCAAAUCCAUGAUCAAUUCCAUUAAAUCCAGGCUUCAGGAGCGUAAAUGUUUGACUAAAUUCUUCUAACUAAUUGUGAAAAUUCAAUUAUCAUUUGUUUUCUUUGUAUUCUAUAUGAUUAAUGUGAUUAUGAAGCUGUGCUGACAUUCUUGGUCAGGUCUCUCUUACAGAAGAGAUCUUGGAUCUCAAUGGGACUAACCCGGUUAAAUAAAGGUUAUAAUAAUAAUAAUAAUAAUAGAUAUAUAUGUUUUCAUAUAGAACAGUGAUGUGUUGGAGAGUCUGACCUUUCUCUGCUGUUUACUUUUGUAUGUAGAACACAGUUUGGGGUGUAAACACUGAUGUAUGAUCACACUCAGACGUACACAUAUGUCCGUCACUCCACAGACCAGCAUGUCUGACUGACGGCUGCAGUUUUCCCACAUGGUGAAGAUGGUGGUGUGUGUGUGUGUGUGUGUAUGAAGUCCAGCUGAUUGUGAUGCUCUCCUCUCCCUCCUCUGGUCUCUCAUGUUAUUUUCUCCUCCUAAAGUAGAAAUAAAACUCAGUGUUCAGGUUUAGUCGUCAGUAAUCUUCACAGACCCCACUCUUUCUUUACUGAGGUUUUCAGACUGAACUCCUGUGCACUCUUGCAGGUCCUGGGUGGUUCUUCUGGUCUUCUUGGAGGCCAUGUGUCCCAGGUGCAGCCCCCUCACCUGCAGCAGCAGCAGAGGAACCUCUCUCUGCAUGAAUACAUGAGCAUCGGGCUCCUGAAGGAGGCCGGCAUCUCUGUCCCUGCAGGCAUGGUGGCCAGCUCCUCUGAGGAGGCCUACAGCGUGGCCAAGCAGAUCGGUGAGCUCCGACAUAUCAUGAUAUUAUCCGACAUAUUUUAACAUAUUUACUGACGCUGAGGAUGUCAGACGUGUGCGGUCUUUAUCGGCUUCACGUGGAAAAAGAGAGUCUGCUUGAGGAGUGAAGGGAGAAGGUGACACCCUCUCAGAGUGUGUUCUGACUCCUCCUGACUCCUCCUGACCUUUGUGUGUGUGUGUGUGUGAGGAGGUGUUAAAUAUCUAUGUUGUUCAGAGACUCACACUCACUCCGUCUAAACUUAGCCUCCUGCUGCUCCACUACUCUCUGUUUACACCUGUCUUAUAUAACUCCAGCUGAGACACUAACAGUCAGUUAAACAGCCUGGUCUGUUUCAUUGUUCCUUUUUUUUUUAACUUCUUACUUUCACUAUGAAUCAUCUUUGAAUUCCAAGCUGUUGAAACUGUGGUUGAAAUAACGUGGAGAUGACAGGAACUGGUCUGAACUUUAAAAACCUUGACCAGAGCCGCAGGGAGGGCAGAAAAACCCUGUAGUUUCUGGUUUUAAUGUUUUCUAUUGUGAUUAAUGAGUGAGUGUGAUCCCAGUGUGAAGAGGAGGGGUCUCAAAAGUACGAUUAAAAAUGUCCUCCAUGCUGUUUACUGAGAUGUUCGUGGAGCUGAGAGAUAUGUCAUAUUAUUCCUAACAUAACUUGCUUUGAUUCAAAAAUGAUUAUGUCUAUGUGUCUAUGUGUGUGUGUGUGUGUGUGUGUGUGUGUGUGUGCGCGCGUGCGUGCGUGCGUGCGUGCGUGCGUGUGUUUGGUCGGCAGGUUCGAAGGACCUGGUGGUGAAAGCUCAGGUUCUGGCCGGCGGCAGAGGGAAAGGGACGUUUGAGGGCGGACUGAAGGGAGGAGUGAGGAUCGUCUACUCGUGAGUGACCCCGCCUCAGUCCUGGACCUUAAAUAUGACAUCAGUGACCUCACUGUGACUCAGAGCAGGUCCAGUCAGGAGGACGAACAUGUAGAGUUAGAAACUGAGACCAGGAGAAGUCACUCACUCUUUACAGAUGUGAGGAGACACUUUGAGAUGAGACACAAGCAGACAAUAACUAAACAGAGUCACCAUAAACCGGAUUCAUAGAGAUAAUGAUAACAAUGAUGAUGAUUAUAAUAAUAAUAAUAAUAAUAAUAAUAAUGUUUAUAAUAACUAUAUUGAUUAUAACUAUAAUACUAAUAACAACAACAACAUUAACAAUUACAAUAAUAAUAACAAUAAUGAUAAUAAUUAUAAUGAUGAUGAUAAUGAUUAGAAUAACGAUAAUAAUAAUAAUAAUACAAAUAAUAUAAAAUACUAAUAAUAAUAACAAUAAUGAUGAUGAUGAUAAUUGAGGUGUUUCUAACUCUGUGUUUGUUAAACUCUAAACUUAUUCUCUCUCUUGCUGUACAAAGAGGACCUCCCUCUCCUUGUUUCUCGGUCUGCUGUCUGUCAGGUUUUGUAGAUAUCUUCUCUCCAGGAUGAUGUUUGAUCACAGUCCUUCUUUACUUUGAAGGUGCUGAGGUGUUACCUGCUCCUGUGAGGGCUGCUGUAGUUUAAUUUGCUCCUCCUGCUGUUUGAAACAGUUUUUUUUACCACCUCCUCUCCAAAUGUCACCAGUGUGACAGAAACAAGCAGCAGAGAGGCAGGAGGACACGACAGUUUACCUUCAGGAGGCUCUUAAAGACCAGGAUCAGGAUCAGGAUCAGGAGCUGAUCAUGACUCCUUUUAAACCUGGAGAGGACCUGGAGAACUCUGCUGUAGAACUCCUCUCUGUAACAGAUCCAUCUCUGACCCUCCUCCUCUCACUCCUUUACCUCUCCAGACCAGAAGAGGCUCGAGAUAUUUCCUCUCAGAUGAUUGGUCGAAAGCUCUACACCAAGCAGACCGGGGAGGCGGGUCGUAUCUGCAACCAGGUGUUCAUCUGCGAGCGCAGGUAUCCACGCAGAGAGUACUACUUCGCCAUCACCAUGGAGAGGUCUUUCCAGGUGAGGACCCCUCACACAGGUUCAGAGGAAGAGCAUGUUCUCUCACCUUCACAGGUCACAGGGGAUCAGGUACGGGUGUUCAGGGGUUGUUGUGUUUGACCACUAGAUGGCAGCGUGGCGCUUUAAACAUCCUACUGAAGUUUGAGUUCAGGAUGGUCGACACAAGAGGAAAGUUUAGUUUUAAUGUGAUCAGAGCUGUGUUUAAAAAAUCAAUGUUGUUUUAUGUUUUUGAUGUUAGGAUACAGAAUCGUUAUAGGACACAUGUCAAAAUCAAGCCAGCAGGUGGCAGUAGAAGCAAAAUCUCAUUCUGCAGCUCACGUCAAAAACCAGACAUGCAUGAAUGAGACGAGCAAACAGCUGAGAGCAUUUCAGGUUCUUCAGUUUUCUCAUUUCACUGAUAACCUCCAGAGUUAUUUUCAAGUCCUCCUCAUUGUAUGCCCCAAACACACACACACACACACACACACACACACACACACACACACACACACACACACUCUCUCUCGCUCUCUUUGUGGAGAAGUUAAACAUGUCGUAUAAACUUCAGGGAGCAGCAGCGGUCACAGGCGGCCGUAACAUUUCAUGGUCUAUAUUUCAAAUGAUGAAUCCUCGGAGAGUUAUCUUCUGGAUCUGCAGCUCCUCCAGGCUUCGCAGAGUUUUAUCGUGUGUUUCCGAUCAUUUUUAUGAGCUCACCCCGUCUCUGGACAUCGAUUUAACCUCCGAUUUAUUUCUUCUUAUCUGCCUCCUUCCUCUGUUUGAGCGUGGAAGUUCUUCUUCAGAGUGAAUCUAAAUCUGAAACUCCAGACUCUUUCUUGGUCAAACUCUCACUGUUCGCCUCUAAUCUCUCUCCUUUCUCCCUUCCCAGGGUCCUGUGCUGAUUGGCAGCUCUCAGGGGGGCGUGAACAUCGAGGAUGUGGCGGCGGAAAACCCGGACGCCAUCGUGAAGGAGCCCAUCGACAUCGUGGAGGGGAUAAAGAUGGAGCAGGCUGUCAAGGUAAAAUCAAUAAGAGACGGAGAGAGCAUCAAACAGAGAGAGUGUGUGUGUGAGUGUGAGUGUGUGUGUGAGUGUGUGUGUGUGUGUGUGUGUGUGUGUGUGUGUGUGUGUGUGUGUGUGUGUGUGUGUGUGUGUGUGUGUGUGUGUGUGAGUGUGUUAUUUCUCAGAGGAAAAAAGGAGUUUGUUAACCUCACACAGGUCUGAUCUUUUUCUACAAACCCUGUCUCAUUUAUUGUUGUUGCACUGAUGAUGAAUGAUGAUAAAUGAUAAUGAUUAAAAAAAAGAUAAAUGAUAAUAAAUGAUAAUGAUUAAAAAAAUGAUAAAUGAUAAUAAAUGAUAAUUGAUAAAUGAUAACAAAUAAAAAUUAACGGUUAUAAAUGACAAUGAAUGAUAAAUGAUGAUAAAUGAUAAUAAUUGAUAUUGUGCAUGAUAUGAAUUAUGAAUGAUAAAUAAAUCAAAUUAUAAUUGAUAAUAAAUGAUUAAUGAUAAUAAAUAAUAAAUGAUGAAAAAAAAUAGAUGAUCAAUGAUAAUAAAUAAGAAUGAUUAUUAAUAAAUGAUAAUAAAUAAUAAAUGAUAAUUGAUAAAUAAUAAGAAAUGUGAAAUGAUAAUUAAUGAUAAGAAAUGAUAAUUGAUAAUUAAUAAAUGAUAUUUAAUGAUGAAUGAUAAUUAAUGAGAAAUGAUGAUAGAUUAUGAAAAAUGUUAAUAAAUGAUAAUAAAUGAGAUAUGUUGAUAAAUGAGAAAUGAUGAUAAAUGACCAUAAAUAAUUAUUGAUAAAUGUUUCAAAUGUUAAUAAAUGAGAAAUAAUGAUCAGUGAUAAUAAAUGAUAAUUGAGAAAUGAUAAUUAAUGAUGAUAAAUGUUAAAUGAAGAUAAUAAGCCUGAAUGUUAGACUGAUUUUCUCUAAAACCACUUAAACUUUCUGAGUCCUGAAAUAAUUUGUCUCUCUCUCCGUCAGAGUUAUUUGCUCUUCCUCUCUUUCCUCUCUCUCUCUCUCUCUCUCUCUCUCUCUCUCUGUCUGUUUUUUUCUCUUCCUUUCUUUCCUCUCUCUCUCUCUCUCUCUCUCUCUCUCUCUCUCUCUCUCUCUCUCUCUCUCAUGUUGAUUUGAUGAAACAUCGAUCGUGUCGACAGUUUAAACCGUUCUGCUCAGAUCUUCAGUUUUGACUCUGAUUUACUAAACUCGGGCCGUCUGUCUGCAUGUUUCUCCUCAUUUCUUCAUGUUUCACAGAGUUUACAGAGAGAUGUAGCUGCCUGUCAUCCCUCUGUGGUUUAUGGUUUUAUAGUUUCAGACUCUGACUCUGUUUGAUUCACGUCUUCUUCUCUCUGACCUGCAGGUGGCGACAAAGAUGGGUUUCCCUCCGGCUCUGAUCAACGAGGCCGCAGAGAACAUGAUCAAACUUUACAACCUGUUCAUCAAAUACGACGCCUCCAUGGUGGAGAUCAACCCCAUGGUGGAGGACUCGUCAGGCAUCGGUACGAUCCAAAUAAUUCCAUCAAAGAGACCAAAAACACGAGAAGUAGAAGAUCUGUCUGAAUCUGUCCAUGAACCUCUGUACUCUGUGGUUCUGCUGUGAGGACCUGAGAGUCCGUCAGAGUCCUCAAACUCUCCUCUGUGCGUGUGUUUCUCUUCAGUCAUGUGCAUGGACGCCAAGAUCAACUUUGACUCCAACGCAGAGUACCGACAGAAGAAGGUCUUUGAGAUGCAGGACUGGACCCAGGAGGACCCCCGAGACCGGCAGGCUGCCAAGGCCGACCUCAACUACAUCGGGCUGGACGGGACCAUCGGCUGUCUGGGUCAGUACUGGUCUGAGGUCUCAGAGAGAGAUCCGAUCAGAGUCAGAGAGAGAAGUUUGGGAAACAGAGCAUUAGUAAACCGUCUAUUUGGCAUUAAUAAAUGAUGGUUAUUGUAAAGUGUUACCCAUGUUUGUUUGUUAGAGAGAGAGGUCCGGUCUGUGUUCUGUUCGGACUGACCCGGUCUUUGAUUCUGCUAGUUAACGGAGCCGGUCUGGCCAUGGCCACCAUGGACAUCAUCAAGCUGCACGGCGGCACGCCCGCCAACUUCCUGGAUGUAGGAGGCGGAGCUACAGCCCAUCAGGUGACAGAGGCCUUCAAACUCAUCACCUCUGACAGGAAGGUAAGAAAACUUGGUCUUUUUGAGGCGUCAGCAGUUUUCAGGGUGAAAACAGUCGGAGCGAGUUUAUUUGAUUCUGAAGAACCAAUAAAAUCUGUCGGUGAUUUUUAAAACGUUUAUUCACCAACUCAUCUUUUAUUCACCCCGGAAAGAUAAGAAAGCAAUAUCCUCAAAAAUACACGAUCGAGAGACACACAACUCAGAGAUACACAACUCAGAGAUACACAACUCAGAGAGGAAACAGAGAAAUCUGAUGAACUGUAGAUCUGUGUUUUCUGACGGGUGGAGCAGACGUCAGAGUUCUUGUUUUUAACCAGAAGAAGAAGAAAACCGUGUGAUUUUGUUUCUGUUUCAAAGAGUUUAGAUAAAAAGAGUUUUUAUGUUUGUCAGCGGAGAAACGGCAAAUUUCAGGAAACGUAAAAAAAAAUGAUCCAAACGUGUCGAGUCCAACAAGCCGAGCUCUGAGAGGUUCCCUGGUUUGGGUUUCAGACGUGAACGAAAGAGGGUCUGAUGUAAACGUCUGUGUGUGGAAGUGUGCGUGUUCACCUGUGUGUGUUUGUGUGUGUUUGUCGUUCAGGUUCAGGCCAUCCUCGUCAACAUCUUCGGCGGCAUCAUGAGGUGUGAUGUCAUCGCCCAGGGCAUCAUCAUGGCGGUGAGAGACCUGGACCUAAAGAUCCCCAUCGUAGUACGGUUACAAGGUACGGAGCACACACACACACACACACACACACACACACAUGUGCGCACACACACACACACACACACACACACACACACACACACACACACACACACACACACACUGUGAAAACUGUGUUCAGAGUUCUCCUUAAAAUCACUGAACAGCCUGAGAACAGCAGAAACAGUCGGUCAGCAGAAACAUUCAGACUUUUUUACUUUUAUUUAAGUUUUUACUUUUUAUAAUUCAGUUCAGAUUAAAAUUCAACUUUAUUUUUAUGGAACUUUUCAGACAAAAAGAAGGAGUUUUAAGUUCCUCACAGAGGCUUAAAACAACAAUUAAUAACAAUAAAACCCGACCCUCCCACCCACACACACACACACACACACAUACAGACAAACACACAGAGUGAGAAUUUAAGAUCUAUUGUUAAAGAGACAUGACCUGACACUGAGACAUUACGUGAGGAAAGAGCGACCUUUAGGAAACACUGGAGAUAAAAGAUAAAAAAUAAAAUGAUAAAAAAAGUAAAACCUGAUGGACUAAAACAAGAAGAUAAUAAAUGAACAGAAAAGUUAAAGAUCUUUACCAAAUAAAAAAGUAAAACCCUCUAAGGUGGAAGUUCAGAAAAGGACUAAGAACAGAGAUAAUUAAUAAAAUAACAUAAACAUGAAGAACUUUGAUUAAAAUGAACACGUGUUCCGGAGAACCUCAGGGUCCGCCUGGGUUCAUAUGAGAGGGUCGGUCUUCUGGAUCUGGUUCUGAAGUUUGUUUUUCUCUGAGGUGAUCCAGAUUAAAAUCUGAUUGUUUGACUUUAAAUCAAACUAAAAGUGUGUUGAUGUUAAACUUCACAGUCACUCAUCUGUUAUUCAGGAUUUACCACGACUGAAGCCUCAGCCGUCCAAUCAGAGUUCAGAUUUACACAGUCAGUCUUCACAAACUCUUAUGUGGGUUUAAGGUCCUGUUCUGAUCCAGAGUGGUCCCAGGAGAGACCCCUGGCGUGCUGACCCUCAUUAGGAUGUCCUUUCUAUCAUGACCUGUUAGUCCUGGUCCCGGUUAGAUUCAGCAGAAGACGGUCUACCGUUUAAGUCGUUAAAAACCGUCACUUCUCUCUGACUCAGCUGAGCGUUUGGUUUGUUUCGUAUCUGAAUCUGCAGACAUGUUUCUGUCUCUUCUUCACACGUUUGGAGAUCAUGUGACCUCCAGGUCAGCGGGCCUGAUGUCUCCGUUUCCUGCGGAGACAGUAACAGAUGCUCUCACUCACACUUGAUGCUUCCUCUCAGUUUUCAGUUUGUGUGAAAAUUGGACGGAGUGUAAAACCUCCUUAAAGAAGCUUGUUGGAUUAAACAAACGGGGAGAAGAAAUGAGGCGGAGCAGUUCUGACUUCUCUGUCUCAUCCUAAAAUCCUCGGUCUGUGUUCGUCUGAUCCUCCCCGCUCUGGGAUUUGUCCUCCGAUCAAACUCUGAGUUUGUUUUAAGGGUUUGUGGUCUGAAAAGUUCAGGGAGCUCACCUGAGGAGGACUUUUCUGUAACUCCUCGGCCAAUUUAACCCUGGAUGGAGGGAAAACUGCAGCGAGACUGGAGCUGUGUUCGCCGUUCCUGCAGGAUCGUAGAGACACGCUCCGUUUAUCAGUAAUUAUCAGCUGAUACCAGGUUUUUAAAAUCAAGUGUGGAACUGAUCAGUGAACAUUCGAUCACUCAGAACUUUUUAAAACACCUCAGAGACUGAGCUGUUCACUGUGUAAGAGUCUAAAAACGUAAACAUGGACAGGUGUUUCUGAGACGAGGAGACGGGACGUUCACGCUCUGGACUUGUUUUGUUUUUCAGGAACGAGAGUGGACGACGCCAAAGCUCUGAUCGCUGCCAGUCCUCUGAAAAUCCUGGCCUGUGACGACCUGGACGAAGCCGCCAAAAUGGUACACAGCACGCCAACACACACACACACUAACACUGAUGAAAAACAGGAGAGCAGUUACCCCCAAUCUCCACCUUUAUCGUGAACGUCUCCUCAAAGGUCGUAUCCUCCGAUCGUAGCUGAUCGUAACCAUUCAAGUUAACGUGUCGACGUCAUUUCACCCCGAUGACACCAUGGAUGAGGAGAUGCUGAUUCUAGAAGUCUAGAAGUAGAUUUCCUCCUCUGGAAGGACACAAUUUACUGCUUAUAUGUCUAUGUGUCUGUCUUUAGAGAGACAACUCGUUAUCGAGCGAUCGAACGUGAAUCUGUGAUUCCUGAUGUCCGUAAUCCGCCACAAUAUUCGCCUCACAAACAGAUCCGGUAGGAAUUGGCGAACAGAGAAAAUCGCUGUUCUGGAUGUGUUGGAAAUUGGGGGUUAGACUUGAUCUAAACCUCCAAACAGGCGUUAUGUGACCUCUGACUGACCUCUGAGUGACCUCUGGCUGACCUCUGACUGACCUCUGUCUGACCUCUGUCUGACCUCUGUUUUCUCGUGUCCUCAGGUUGUGAAGCUUUCUGAAAUCGUCUCUCUGGCUAAAGAAGCUCAGGUGGACAUCACCUUCCAGCUGCCCAUCUAA